AUGCCCGUACCCCUACCUGCUCCCGCGUGCUGCGCACCCGCUCCCCCCCCCCCCCCGCUGCCCUGCCCCCCCCCGCUAGACCACCUCCCCCCUCCUCCGGCCUCCUGCCCCCUCCCCCCUCCUCGGCCCCCAACCCCCACCUCCUCCCCUCCCCUUCACUGCACCCCCGCCCUGACCGCGCCCGCCUCCCCCCGACCCCCGCCCCCCGCUCUGACCCCCCAGCCCUGGGUGUCCUCCGCCCUCCUAAGCCACGCCCCACGCAUCCACCCGCACCCCCAAGGUCAUCCGCAGCGCCUGUACAUUAGAGUCCCACUUCGCCCCCCUCCCCUCACCCCCGCCCACGACACCGCACGCGUUUUUCCCUCCGCACUGCCCCCUCCCCCAAGCCACCCCCAUUCAACCCCCCGUCCCGCCCAGAACAACCCGCCCUCCACCCCACCACCCCUCCCCACCUUCAGCGCCCCUCCAUCUCCCCAUCCCCCGCCGCGCGUCCCCCCCCCCCACCGAAUGCUGCCCCCACCCAUAGCCCCCGCAACUGCCCCCGCCCGGCGCUCCCUUUCCCCACCCUCCCCCCCUCCGAGUCGCCGACCGCCCCCCCGCCCAAAGAACCCCUUCCCCCUCCCAUCGAUCCUCCGCCCCCCUCCCACCCACCUCCCCCCGCGACCGACCACCCCGCCCCCCCGUCCGCUGCCCCUCUCCCUCGCCCCCAGCCAUCCCGCCCCCUUUCCUUAUCUCCGCCGCCCCCCCCCCCACCAGCUUCAACGAACCCCCCUACAAUUAUUUCCCUCACCCCUCGCGUCGCCCAACCUCAGCCCCCCCACGCCCACCUCACCCGCAACACGGGCCGAUCGCCACUGCGGACCCCCCCCCACACACCCCCCUCCGCCUCCCCCCCCACCCCCAGACUCCCAAUAUCACACCACAAAUCAAGACCAAACUACGUGCCUCCCAGGCCAGUACGAACGCCGCCCCCCGGCCCCCGCCAGGCGCUCAACGUGCGGCCCCCCCCCCCUCACCUACCCACAGACCUCCCCUCACUCCGCCUGCCCCCCCCCACUACCACCCCCGCCCCCCCCACUGCCACCCCAUCCCAACCUCCUCCCCCCCCGCACCCCCCCCCAUCCCCCCGACCGUCCCCCCGUCUACCGCCUCCCACCUCAACAUACACUAGAUCCCAGCCACGCGGCCCCCCCACCCACUUCGCAACCCCGCGGCAACCACGCAUGCUUCCCCCACUGUCCCCCUCCUCCUCCCCCGGUCCCCCCCGUGUCCAUCCACUCCACUUGGGUCCCUAGAUACCCCGCACCCCCCCGACCCUCUAUCGCCCACCCACUCAGCACCACUCCCCAACACCCGACAACUAACCCCCAUCCCGCGGCCCCCUGUCCCUCCCCCCGCUCCUUCCGCUCCCCGUCCCCUGCCAUCCUGCCAGCGAUGCAGCGCACCCGCUCCCACACGAUCCCAGCCUACCCGCCCUAUACGUCCCUCCCCCCGCGCCCCCCUCGACUCCGGGAACGAUACGCCCCCCGCCCCCCACCCUACCACAGGGGGCACCCCCCCCCGUAG